AUGGCAUACCUGGCAUCCAUCCACCGGCCCAGUAGCGUACGGCACGCGCUCAAACUCAACUUCCUGAGCGCCGACGAAGACACCCUUGUGGUGGCCAAGGCAAACCGCUUAGAGUUCUACACGCAGCAACAAGAUGGUCUCGUAUUGCAGCAUUCGAAAGCCAUCUAUGGCAAGGUCAUCAUGCUGCAGAGCAUUCGUCCGACCUCUUCCCAGAUCGAUCAUCUAUUCGUCGGAACCGAUCGCUACAUGUACUUCACCCUCUCCUGGAAUCCCGAGACCAAUCAACUGCAGACAGAGAAGAGCUUUGAGGACAUGUCAGACAGAGCAGCAAGAGAAGCACAGCUAGGAGAACGAUGCAACAUCGACCCGACAAGGAAAUUCAUGGCUCUCGAGAUCUACGAAGGCAUAGUAUCCGUCAUCCCCAUCGCACCUGACAGCAAGCGCAAAUCCUCCUCACAAUCUCAGCCCUCAGACAUGGGUCAGCCGGCAUCGGUCAGAAUACCUGAGCUCAAUGUACGAUCGUCUGCUUUCUUGCACAGGAGGAGGGAAAAGGACAAGCCCGAACUAGCUCUGCUUUACGAGGACUCAGUAGGCAAAGUCAGAUUGAAGGUCCGCGAACUCGACUAUAGUCCACCUUUGAAGUCAAACGAGCCUGGAACUGCCGAGCUUGAAAACGAGCAGGAUGCAAGCGAAGAGUUGGAUCUAGGCGCCAGCCAUGUGAUACCUUUGCCAGCCCCAGCAUAUGGUGCACUCAUUCUUGGGGAAACCACCAUUGCCUACUGCGAAGAAUUCGACCGCAAGAUCACAAAGAACGAGCCACUCAAAGAGGCCACCAUCUUUGUCGCCUGGACACAAAUUGACGAUCAACGAUUCGUCCUUGCCGACGAUUACGGUAAGCUCUACUUGCUGAUGGUAGUCCUGAAUAGCAAAAACGACCUUGAAGGUUGGAAGCUGGACGUCAUUGGUGAGACUUCUCGCGCAUCGACACUGGUCUAUCUGGAUGGAGGCCGCAUCUUUGUCGGUUCUCAUCAAGGCAACUCUCAGCUCAUCCAAAUCACUCCCGGGUCCAUUGAAAUCCUUCAAACAUUCUCCAAUAUUGCUCCUAUCCUAGACUUCACGGUCAUGGACAUGGGUAACCGCUCCUCUGAAGCUCAAGUCAACGAGUACUCUUCAGGGCAGGCUCGUAUCGUUACUGGUAGUGGUGCUUUCAAAGAUGGCAGCCUACGAAGUGUCCGCAGUGGUGUCGGUCUUGAAGACCUGGGUUCUAUUGGCGACAUGGAGAACAUUACCGAUGUCUUCAGCUUGAAGUCGAACCCCAGCCUUGAAUUUGUGGACACAUUGGUUGUAUCUUUCAUCGCGCAUACCCGGGUGUUCAACUUUUCUCCCGAAGGUGACGUCGAGGAAGUCGACAACUUCAAAGGCAUGGAUCUAUCACAAAGUACUCUGUUUGCGACCAAUCUUCCUAGUGGCAGGAUCUUGCAGAUCACUAGCUCCGCGGUACAUAUCACGGACCCUGAGAGCGGCAUGACGCUCGAAAGAUGGUCGCCAGAAGGAGGCUCGUCAAUCGCUGCAGCUUCCACAGCUGGUAGCAACAUCUUGGUCUCUGUCAGUGGUGUUGGUCUCUCCAUGCUCAACGUCGCCGGCGACAGCGUAAAAGUCACAGCCUCAAGAGAGUUCGAUGCUGGCUCUCAAGUUGCCUGUAUCUCACUGUCACCUACACUACGCGGCACUGCUGUAGUUGGCUUCUGGCAAGAUGCUAGCAUAGCUUUGUUGGACACCUCUUCUCUGAGGACCAUCCAUUCCGAAACGAUCGACGAAGAGAGCAUAGCGGUCCCACGUUCAUUGCUCGUUGCUCCCAUUCUGGAAGGCUCGUUGCCAACUCUUUUUGUCGGCAUGGCCGAUGGGAAUGUCGUAACGUACUCUAUCGAUCCUAGCACCAACGCUCUAUCGUCCAAGAAGAGCACGAUUCUCGGCACACAACAAGCCAACUUCAAGGCCUUACCCAAAGGUGAUGGACUGAAGACAGUGUUCGCCAUUUGCGAGCACCCCAGUCUGAUCUAUGGGUCCGAGGGUCGCAUCGUGUACUCAGCCAUCACAGCAGAGGACGCGACAUGUGUUGCUCCAUUCGACGCUGAGGCUUUCCCAAACGCCAUCGCAAUCGCCACAGCCAAUGAGCUGAAGAUUGCUCUGGUGGAUGAAGAAAGAACCACACAUGUCCAGACAUUAUCAGUCAACGAGACUGUUCGCAGAAUUGCAUACUCUGCCGACCUACGCGCUUUCGGUCUCGGAACCAUUAAGCGCACACUAAAAGACAGCUUUGAACACAUAGAGAGUCACUUCAAGCUUGUAGAUGAAGUCGCCUUCCAAGAGUUGCAUACCUAUGCUUUGAACGAGGAAGAACUGGUCGAAAGUUGCAUUCGUGCAAAGCUAGACGACGGGUCGGGUGAUUUGGUGGAACGCUUUAUUGUAGGCACAAGUUACAUCGAAGAAGACGUUGGAGACGCACCUAGAGGCCGCAUCUUGGUCUUCGAGGUGACUGACGAUCGACAUCUGAAGCUUGUGACCGAGCAUAAGGUCAAAGGAGCUUGCAGAUGCCUAGCUAUAUGUGAGGGUCGCAUCGUUGCCGCUCUGGUCAAGACAGUCGUUGUGUAUGACUUCAAGUACGAGACAUCAAGCACGCCAUACCUUGACAAGGUCGCCAGCUAUCGCACAUCCACAGCCCCGAUCGACGUAUCGGUAACGGGAGAUAAGAUUGCUAUUGCAGACUUGAUGAAGAGUGUCUCAGUCGUACAGUACCAAAAGGGUACAAACGGCCAAGAGGACAGCCUCAACGAGGUCGCUCGUCACUACGACACUGCAUGGGCAACCGCGGUCGCCAACAUCGAAGCAAACACCUAUCUCGAAAGCGAUGCCGAAGGUAACUUGCUUGUGCUCAAUCAAGACGUCAACGGCUUCUCAGAAGAAGACAAGCGCCGCCUACGUGUUCUCUCAGACAUGCAGCUUGGCGAGAUGGUCAAUCGCAUCCGUCGCAUUGAGGUGCAACCCACCGCAGGCGCUAUCGUUAUCCCCUGCGCAUUCCUCGCCACCGUCGAAGGUGCCAUCUACCUCUUUGCAACUAUUGCGCCUCAACACCAAGACACGCUCAUGCGUCUGCAAGAAAACAUGGCAGAGAAGGUUCAAAGUCCUGGCAAUGUACCUUUCAACCGCUACCGCGCCUACAAGACGUCUGUGCGUGAAUCCGAUGAGCCAAACAGAUUCGUCGAUGGCGAGUUGAUCGAACGUUUCUUGGACUGCGACGAAAAGCUACAGGAGAGCAUUGUGGAAGGCCUGAGCGUCGACGUCGAGGAGGUCAGGAGUAUCGUUGAGGCCUUGAGAAGGUUGCACUAG